AUGUUUGGCCGCCAUCAGCCACGGGCUACCAUCAUCAAACUCACCGCAAUCGGUGGCCUCCUCUCAUUCAUCACGCUCCUUUACUUCUCAACUAAUCCGUCAUAUCGUUCCCGCCUCGCUUCUUCGUUCUUCUCGGAACGCAAACGUGCGUCAUGUCCACCACGCGCUUGGUCGAAUGGGACUUGGCAACACAAGCCUCAUAAUGUCAGUCAUCCGUUGACGCAGCAGGAGGACGUCUUUGAUUUUAGUGAUCUGGAGGGUUGUACGUCGGAUCGAGAGUUCUAUUGGCAUCUGGGUGUAGACCACGAUGACCAGUAUGAAAGGUUUCCGGAUGUCAUGGAUUAUGAGUGGGUGCCGAGCGAUGAGUGUACUGGGGUCAGGAAGAUGGAUGCAGGAAUGUUCGUGAGGGACUUGGUGCAGGAAGGAGGUUGGCUUGUUCUUGGAGAUUCAAUCACAGAAAACCACUUCUUCUCUCUAUCAUGUUCCCUCUUCCCCCACGUCCGCUCCACCCCCAACUACACCGAAAACCCCUACUUCGACCGCGCCUGGCCACAAAACCUCUACCUCAACCCCUCCUCUCCCAUAAUCCCCUCCCUCUCCCUCCCACCCGGCUUCUCCAUCGAAUCCACACCACUAGUCACAUUCCGCCGCAUCGACCUCCUGCUCUCCCAAUCCGAGAUCGAAUCCGUCCACAGAUCCAUUCAUCCCGAGAUGUAUGAGUCCGAAUCCGAUCCUUCGGUCCCGGAAGAAGAGAGGUUCAAGCUGUUUAGCGACGAGGCGUUCUGGACGAUGUCGCCCGCUGAGUAUAUGAAGAUAUUUACGUCGCCUUUGCCAGGUGCACGGUACGGGACGCUCAUCGUGAGUACCGCCGGACAUUGGACGACGACCUUGUUCGGUGGAUUGAGGGACGAGAGUAAAGAGGAUAGCGGGUACGGCAUCGAGAGUGUUUUGGAGCUGUUUAGGGAGUCGAUGAAGGUAUGGGCUGGGGAGGUGCAGAGAGCUCUGGUGGAGGAUCAAAGGAGACAGAUGAGGGAGGCUGUCGUGGUUAGGGCGUAUCUGCCUGGACACGAGAAUUGUAGGAAUAUCAAAAGUCCGUGGGAGGAGUGGGUGCCGUAUACGGUGAAUUGGUAUAACUGGCCAUGGAUACCCAAUAUGAACAAAAUAUUCGAGUCUAUCCUCGACUCCCCAUCCUAUCCCGACGUCCACUUCCUCCCCAUCGACCGACCAGCCCUCCUCCGCCCCGACGCCCACGUCUCAGGAGACUGUCUCCACCUCAUGACCGGAACAGGCGUCAUCGAAGGCUGGUCACGGUAUAUCUGGCACUAUGUGACCAGAGAGAUCCCGGGACGUAUCCGAUGA